AUGUCUGACUCGACCUCCGCACCCUCGCUCCUCACGCCCGAAGACUCUGCCGUCCUCGCCUCGACCUCGACAAUCCAGCGAGUCCUCAUCGCGCAGAGCGUCUUCGAGAAGGGCACAAACGACUUUGCAGCAGUCGCGGCUGUGCUGCAAGGCCACGCUCUACUGAGUGACUGCUCACACGAGUGGUUUGAGCCGAAGAACCUGUCGAAGAUCUGGAUUGCGCUCGUGCACAACGUCGGACAGGAUGCGUCCGUCCAGCACCCUCCGCAAGCUCCCGCACUGCGCAAGAUCGCCCACAAGUACUACAUGGACCGCGUCGGCGAGCUCCACGCCGGCAUGCAGCUUUGCCAGGACCAGUUCAGGAUUGUCUACUCGGAGAUCCAGGAAUUGCGCGAGGGCAGGCUGGACUGGAAGUUGACCCACCCUGACCGCAACCUCCCGCCUUCACCAGUCAGACCCGCUCAGACGCUGCCGGCGAGCUCAUCGAUGAUCGAUGUCAAGAUGGAGGAUGUCGGCGUCGGGGCGUGA